UCUUGGCAGGUGAAAAUAUCAGUUGCACCAUCAACAUGAAGGUAUUCGUCGUCCUCGUUCUGGCCCUCGCCACCGCCUCUGCCGGGCUCCUGCCCCAGACCGCUCCCCUGCAUCCCAAGGACAGGAAGGUCGCAUCCAUCGAGGGUCGCAUCACCAAUGGCAAGGAUGCCGUGGCUAACCAGUUCCCCUACCAGGUGGGACUAAGCUUCUCCAGCUCCAAAGGCAGCUGGUGGUGCGGUGGUUCCAUCAUCGACACCAACUGGGUGGUGACUGCUGCUCACUGCACCAGCGGUGGCGACUCUGUGACCAUCUACUACGGAGCCACCGUUCGCACUAGCCCCAAGUUCACCCAGACCGUGGCCAGCUCCGACUGGAUUCAGCACGAAAGCUACCUCUCCGUGACUAUCCGCAACGACAUCUCCCUGCUCAAGACCCCAACGAUUUCCUUCUCCGCCGCCGUUGGCAAAAUUGGCCUGCCCGCCAUCGCCAGCAGCUACUCCACCUAUGUGGGAUUGACCGGCGUUGCCUCUGGCUGGGGACUGACCUCCGAUAAGGACACCUCCGUGGCCUCGAAGCUGCAGUACGUCGACCUCCCUAUCAUCCCUAACUCCGACUGUUCGCCCGUCUACGGCACUGUGAUCGUCACCAGCAAAGUUCUUUGCGUGGGAACUUCUGGUGCCAAGUCGACCUGCCAGGGUGACUCCGGCGGCCCAUUGGCUGUGGAUAACCUUCUUGUCGGCAUCACCUCCUUCGGAUCUUCUGCUGGCUGUGAGGCCGGCUACCCGGCUGCCUUCACCCGUGUGACCAGCUACUUGGACUGGAUCAAGACCAACUCUGGAGUUUCCUAUUAAGGAGAUUUGCGAGGAAAAUGUAACGAUUUACAAUAUGCAAUAAAAAAUGAUUCUCUGAAUUGAUAAA